CCUGUGAUGUGAUAAUUUGACUAUUCGACUUCGUAAUUCGUUCCUGCAAAAUUCAUCAAUAAUCAAUAAGCAAUAUCACAAAACGUCUAAAUUGAACCUGUGUUCUUUCUCUUCUGCACAGGACAUAACUUACAGUACAUUUUCCAUGGCUGAUUCUGAUGGAUCCGAUCGCAACCCCAACGAGGACAACAUCUCCUUUUCUUAUUUUCGAAAAACAGUUAAAAACAGUGUUUUCUCUACUUUCUCAAUUCAAUUCCUUUCUUCUAUUUCAGUCUAAAUUCGCUUACUCUCUUAAUUUUUCGGAGGAAAAGGUGACAUUGCGCGAUUGGUGGUUGAUAAAACCCGAUGACGAUUUCGAAGGGAAGAGACUUGCUGUUGCUGGCUCCGCUUAUGGAAAGGAAAAAGCAGGUCGUGUGUUUCGUACUGCACCCAUUACCAAAAGAUAUGAUGUGUCUACUCUUGAAACAGCUGAUGGGAUAGUUGUCAUUCUUCAAGGGUUCAUUAAUAGGCCACGCACUAUUGAAAAUGGGUUUCCCUCCGAGGUUUUCAAAUAUUUCUUGUUUGGCUUUCCUCCACAUUGGGAAGAAUAUGCUGAGAAUUGCUUUGAAGAAGCUGUUAAUUGUGUUGCAGGUGUUACAGACCCAAAAAAAGUUACAUCAAUUUCAAGUCCUAGUAAAUGCAGUGACAUCAGAGAAGAUGAAUAUCAUAUCAAGGUUACAGAGGAGAAUUCCAGUGGUGUGUCUGAGAAGUUUGCUGCUGAUGCUUCAAAAGCAGGUCCAAAAGAAAACAUUGUUGAUAAUGUGGAGUGUGAUGCCUCAAAGAACCUUUCACCAUCAUCAUGUUGUCUUAUAGAUGAUGCUAGUUUGAUGAAGGAUAACGUAACAGAAGCAAGAAGUCCGAGCUUUCACACAGUAGAAUCUUCUAAAAAGAGAGAUGAUUUAGAAAGCGGUAAGAAAUGCAAGCAUAGUUUCAUUAGGAAGUCAAAGAAUAGUGUAUCAGCUACUUUAGAAAGUAUCAUUCUUGAGAAUGAUGAAUCAAAAGAAUGUCAAGUAUCCAACAGUGCUUAUAUGAACAAUCUUGGUGUAUCCAGCUUUGACAAGACAGUAACAAUUGGAGCUGAAGGUGUGGUCUUGGCUGUCUCCAAUAAGCCAAAGAGUAAAAAGAAGAAGGAAAAUCAAAAUGAACGAACCAAAUAUAGGUUACGAAGUGCAAUGAGAAAUAUCUCGAUUGAUUCUUUGCCUCAAGGACAUGAGGCCAUAUCAGGACUUGUUAAUGAUGAAGUAAUAUGUCAAGAGUUGUUUGCAUCACCAACUAUUGGAGAUUCUAGCAUUUUAAAUCAACCUUCGUGUAAUCCUGAGGAUGCUACAAUGUUUUCUGCUGUGCAGACUGUUGCAGUGCUGGAUGAUUUUACCCCACCUAUGAUAGAAAGUGAACUGGUGGUUGCUAUUCCUAUUACUUCUUCACAUCCACAAUGUAUUAGAGGCCUGGCAGAUUUGAAAGAUAAUCAGAAGCAGAAGGCUGUGCCUGGGUGCUCAAUGAAGCACAAAAACAAAGAAGUUAUGUCAGAGGUUGAGGACCUAGAUGGAAAGAAACUGGAGAAAUGUUCACAUCCUACUCUGCAGGCAGAAGAGGCCAGACCAAAUGAGACACCAAAAGCUCUAGGAAGGUUCAGAAAUUUGUCUAAGAAUUCGAGAAUGAAAGAGAAAAAUGAACAAAUAUCUACCAAGGAAGAAGGUUCAACCAUGAAGAAAGCUAGAAGAAAGAUUACUUUUGAUAGACUUGUAAGUCCACUUACUAGGAAAAGCAAAGAGAAAACAUGUAUUCUCUCUCCAGAAUACUUAAAUCUUAAAAGAUCAAGAUCAGGAAGACUGCUUUUACCUUCCCUAGAUUUCUGGCGCAACCAAAUACCAAUUUAUGAUUCGAAACGUAGUAUCACUGGAAUUCAGGAAGAAAAAAAAUUAUCUGGAGGGAGUAAAUCUGAGCCUCACAAGAAGCAAAAGAGAAGGUAAUUCACCGAGUUCUAUUGACAAAAAUGAGCAUAGGGAUAUGCAUGGAUGCCAUACUUCUGGUCACAGCCGCAUGAAAUUCAUAAUGAAGAAAGGAAGAUAGGAGCUGGGGGAUGGGCAAAUGUAUGUACAUAGGAAUGAUCUAGUAUGUAUUGUUGUAUAUAGUGAGCUUUCCAGACUGUUUCUUUUGAAAUUCAUAUCCUUUAUAGCGUUCAAUGUGGCUUUAAUGGAUAUGCUCUUCGUUCUUCAGCACAGAACUUGUGGUUAGCGCCAUGAGAGAAGUUUAACAGUGAUCAUGAUUUAUCUCAAAUUUCUAGCCUUUUGUCCAGAAAAAAUCCAUCAGGCACAUCUGUAUAUGAGAUGCUAUCUUUUGUUAGAAAGAAAAAAAGGUUAUUCCUCUGUAAUUUCCUUCUGGUAAUAUUGGCAAUAAUGAGAUUAGAGUUUUGCAUUGGUUUA